ACCAAAAGAUCCACUCAUCACAACUCAUCUACCUCCUAAGUUAAUUAAUUUCCUAACCAUAUGGCUACACUUAUUUCCCAAAGUAUAUUUUUCUUCAUUCUCCUCUCUUUCUACACUCUCACAAUCAUAGUUGCACAAGAUGAGACCGGUUUUGUGAGCUCAAUAGAUCCUAAGUUACUUAGAAAAAAACAACAUGCAAGCCAUUUUAGGUUUUAUUGGCAAGACAUCGUGGGUGGAAACAAUGCCACCUCAAUUCCAAUAAUUCCUCCACUCCCUAAAUUCAACAAUUCAUUUAGUGCUUUUGGUUUGGUGAGAAUAAUUGACAAUGCUUUAACCGUUGGACCAAAUUUAAGCUCAAAGCUUUUGGGAAGAGCUCAAGGGUUUUAUGCCUCUACCUCACAAACCGAGCUAGAUUUUCUUAUGGUUAUGAAUUUUGCCUUAUUUGAAGGAAAAUAUAAUGGAAGCACAAUUACUAUAUUGGGAAGAAAUGUUGCUAACAAUAAGGUUAGAGAGUUGCCUGUGAUUGGUGGAAGUGGUGUUUUUAGGUUUGCUAAGGGAUAUGCUGAAGCUAGCACUUAUUCUUUUGAUCCCUUAUCGGGGGAUGCUACCAUUGAAUAUAAUGUCUAUGUUUCUCAUCAAAUAUAAUUUAUUUUUUAUGCUUUGUAUUGUUAAUAACUUGUGAUGAUGCUCAUGAGCUUUGCAUGUUUCAUGUGAGGGUUUAGCUCAUCAUAUAAGCCUUUCUUAUUUGUGUGUAAUUGUAGUUGGUAUCAUAAUUUUAAUAAUAUUUUAUAGGCUUAUAAUUGCAGUUUUA